UCAAAUUGGACAAGAGAAAAACUGGAAUACCUGUUUCUCUUCUGACCACUCACAUUUACAGGCUGCCCUUCAUCAUGAUGCGGCAUAAACUGGGUUUUUAUAUUCUUUUGGCUGGUUUUAUUAUCUUUCUGAUUUCGAAGUCGAUGAUCAACAAACAGAAACAAGUCUUAAGCAACACUGGUUCUACUGAAGUUACUCAUUACCCAAAACCAAGACCGUUUCUUAACGUCAGUCAUCCUCCAUGCAAAUGUGAAGGAGAUGAGAUCGUUGGUCAAGUGCCAGAGGACAUACUUAACUUAGCUGAGAGGCGUCGCGAAUAUAGUAAACACCAAACCAGGGUGAACACAAACAUAGUCAAUAUUAUUCUGGCUCAACCCAACUCUCCACUCCAAUAUCCCAUUCAUGGACUCACAGUUACCCCAAUGAAGAAGAGUGUAAUUCCAGGUUUAGCUUUACAUGCAAAGACGAGAAAGCAGUACAAGGUCUCUCUGGGAGUGGAUAGGGGUGUGUUAUCAGUUAACAAUGAUCUGGAGGGAGUGCAGGUGGGGGGGCAGGACCAGAGCAACCUAACCAUUUCCUCCUCCCACCUGGACCAUCUCAACCACCUGCUGAGCACAGUGACCUACAAGAGCAAUGUUUACCACAUCAGGACAAGUGAUAUGGUUCACUUCUCUUUUGAGGACUAUGAGGCUUUAUUCCCUAUUGUGAUCAGGAGGCCUUCGGUACCGGUUCUCUACGAUCCUGGAAAAGAUAUUAACUCCCAGGUCACAGUAGUCACUAAAACAUUUCUACGGUACAAUGAGUUAAAGGUUCUCAUCAACAGUAUCCGUCAGUUUUAUCCAGACAUUAAGAUCAUCAUUGCUGAUGACAGCCUGAUCCCAGAAAAGGUGACUGGCACCAACAUAGAACAUUAUAUAAUGCCUCCUGCACAGGGAUGGUUUGCAGGCAGAAACCUUGCAGUCUCUCAGGUCACCAGCAAGUACUUCCUGUGGGUGGAUGAUGACUUUGUAUUCCUCAGUAAAACACACAUUGAAAACUUUGUGGAAGUAAUGGAGGCCAUUCCUGAUUUGGAUGUGCUUGGCGGUGAUGUUGAUGGAAACCAGUUCUACUUCAGUCUCAUGUAUGAGGAGGGAGAUGAAGACGGAGGUGGCUGCAUGAAGCGUGUCCACGGCCAGGCGCACAGCACCCUGCCCGGCUUCGAAGACUGCUACUUAGUAGACGGAGUUGUCAAUUUUUUCCUGGCUCGGACUGAUGCGGUGCGAAAGGUUGGCUUUGACCCUGUCCUGAAACGAGUAGCUCACACAGAGUUCUUCAUUGAUGGGCUUGGAGAUUUGUUGGUCGCUACUUGCAAAGGAUUCUCUGUUGGCCACCAGCAAAGGACCUUCCGGGAGGUAUACAGUAAAUAUAGGACACAGACGAGAAAUCAGGAAAAAGAAAAACUGGCACAUCAUUUCUUUAAGAACCAUCUGAAAUGCAUCAAGUAUUGAGGUCACUUUCAUGGGGGCCUUUUCUCUCCACCAGUGGUGUUGGUUUCAUUUCAGAUGUGGGGGGAACACUGCUCACACCACAUCAUAUGAGUAACUUGAGCAGGAAUUACUGGGGGGGGGGGGGGACACACUUUGCGCCCCCCCACCCCUACAUAUACUUCAAAUAGAUUUUUACAAUACAAGGUUGAUUACAGACUACUUAUCAUAUAGGUUUCAGUUUUAAAAUUAAAGAAAUGAUGCAUGUCUAUGAAGUUAAAAAUUAGAAUUCUGUAAAUUCUGAAACUUUUAAUUUGGGCUAAUGGGUUAUAUAACUGACAAAGCACAGCUUCUAUAAACCCCUGAUUUCAUCAAUUGUGUUCACAGAAUGUGAAAAUCUUUAGAAAAGCACAUUUGAUAGAAUUUCUACAUAUGAUAAUCAUAUUUCUCCAAAGGAAAUCUGCAGGU